AAAAUCACCGAAAGAAACGAAAGAAUCCACAUCACCCACAUCACCAAUUGAUGAGGAUUGGGAAAAAGAAUUAUUGGCCGAUUUGACCGAUUACGAGAUGGUUGUCGAGCAGACGGGGAAAAGUGAUGAACAAUGGGAGAAAGAGAUCGGCGAUUUACUUAAUGAGGUGGAAAGCGAACACGAGACAAACUCUUCGGAUGAGAAGAAAAAU